AUGAAAAUGGCUGACAGAGGUGGGAAGAUUGUUCCAGGGCAGGUGUAUAUUGAAGUGGAAUAUGAUUACGAAUACGAAGCGAAGGACAGAAAGGUCGUGAUAAAACAAGGGGAGCGAUAUAUCCUGGUGAAGAAGACCAACGAUGACUGGUGGCAGGUGAAGCUGGAUGAGAACUCCAAAGCGUUUUAUGUGCCUGCCCAGUAUGUGAGGGAGGUCGGCCGCAGAGCCCUGAUGCCGCCUGUGAAACAGGCAGCAGGGCUGCCGAAUCAUUCUCUGAAAACGAUGCAGAGUCUCCACCUUCAGAGGUCAACAGAAAAUGUGAACAAAUUGCCCGAGCUUUCAAGUUUUGGAAAGCCAUCGCCGUCUGUUCAAGGAACAGGUCUUAUUCGUGAUGCCAAUCAGAAUUUUGGACCCAGUCAUAUUCCAGGUCAGACUGUCAACCUCAGCCUGGACCUGACCCAUAAUAAUGGAAAGUUCAACAGUGACUCACAUUCUCCCAAAGUUUCUGGCCAGAAUAGGACACGGUUAUUUGGUCACUUUCCUGGUCCGGAGUUCUUGGACGUCGAGAAAGCUGGCUUCUCCCAGGAACAGUCUUGUGAUUCAGCAGAAGGCUCGGAACGGACAUAUCAAGAUUCAGAGUCCGGUGAUAAGCUUAGCAGCAGCUCCACUGAGCAGAUAAGGGCGACAACACCUCCAAAUCAAGGGCGGCCAGAUUCUCCUGUCUACGCUAACCUGCAAGAACUGAAAAUAUCCCAGUCGGCUCUCCCCCCGAUCCCUGGAAGCCCAGCAAUUCAGAUUAAUGGAGAAUGGGAAACUCAUAAAGAUAGUUCAGGGCGUUGUUAUUACUAUAACAGAGGAACACAGGAAAGAACUUGGAAACCCCCUCGUUGGACUCGAGAUACAAACAUAAGCAAAGGAGAUUCCCAGAGUCCAGGAGAUCAAGAGCGUCUUUCACCAGAAGAAAGCUACCACAGCGCUUCUUACAGCCGGUCGGGUAGUCAGCGUGGCUCUCUUCCGAGGGCCUGGCCGGAAGAGCUGGAUGAACAUGGGCAUACCUUGUAUACCGGUGACUGUACUAAUGAAAAGUGGCUCAAGCAUGUUGACGAUCAAGGUAGACAAUAUUACUACAGUGCAGAUGGAUCUCGGUCAGAAUGGGAGUUGCCAAAGUAUAAUGCCUCAUCUCAGCAGCAAAGAGAAAUUAUUAAAAGUAGAAGUCUGGACAGGCGGCUGCAAGAACCAAUAGUGCUAACAAAGUGGAGACAUAGCACCAUUGUGCUGGACACCAAUGACAAGGAAUCUCCAACUGCCUCAAAACCCUGCUUUCCUGAAAAUGAGUCUUCUCCCUCUUCACCAAAGAACCAAGAUACAGCCAGCAGUCCAAAGGGUCAAGAGAAAUAUGGAUUAUUAAAUGUAACAAAAAUUACUGAAAAUGGGAAAAAGGUUCGAAAGAACUGGUUGUCUUCUUGGGCCGUGUUGCAGGGUUCGUCUUUACUGUUUACCAAAACUCAAGGAAGCAGCACAAGUUGGUUUGGGAGUAAUCAGUCCAAACCAGAGUUCACGGUGGACCUUAAGGGGGCAACGAUUGAGAUGGCUUCAAAGGAUAAAUCCAGCAAAAAGAAUGUAUUUGAGCUGAAAACCCGUCAAGGAACAGAACUGCUGAUUCAGUCUGAUAAUGAUGCUGUUAUCAAUGAGUGGUUUAAAGUUCUUAGUAGCACUAUCAGUAAUCAGACAGUAGAACCCGAUGAAGCGAUUGAGGAGGACAUACCAGAUUCACCAGGAAUAGAAAAGCACGAUAAAGAAAAGGACCAUAAGGAUCUGAAGAAAUCGCGUUCCACAAAAGUAUCUAGCAUAGAUUCUUCAGAACAGAAAAAAACCAAGAAAAACUUAAAGAAAUUUCUUAGACGACGCCCCACUUUGCAAGCUGUUCGUGAAAAAGGUUAUAUUAAAGAUCAGGUAUUUGGAGCCAAUCUUGCUAAUCUGUGUCAGAGAGAGAAUGGCACCGUGCCAAAAUUUGUGAAAUUGUGCAUUGAACAUGUUGAGCAAUAUGGGUUGGAUGUUGAUGGGAUUUAUAGAGUUAGUGGCAACCUUGCAGUGAUCCAGAAGCUGAGGUUUACAGUCAAUCAUGAUGAGAAAUUGGACUUGAAGGAUAGUAAAUGGGAAGAUAUUCAUGUCAUCACUGGAGCACUGAAAAUGUUUUUUCGAGAAUUACCAGAACCUCUCUUUACAUUUAAUCAUUUUAAUGAUUUUGUUAAUGCAAUUAAACAAGAACCAAGACAGCGUGUCUCUGCUGUGAAGGAUCUAAUCAAACAGUUGCCAAAGCCAAAUCAGGACACAAUGCAGACUCUGUUUAGACAUCUCAAAAGAGUUAUAGAAAACGGAGAAAAAAACAGAAUGACGUAUCAGAGUAUAGCAAUUGUGUUCGGUCCUACUCUGUUAAAGCCAGAGAAGGAGACUGGCAACAUAGCAGUUCAUACCGUCUACCAGAAUCAGAUUGUAGAGUUAAUUCUUCUCGAGAUAAAUUCCAUCUUCGGACGUUGA